AGUAGGAAGAUGGCGGCGGCCCCGCUGUACUGUGUCUGCCGGCAGCCCUACGAUGUGAGCCGGUUUAUGAUCGAAUGCGACAUCUGUAAGGACUGGUUUCACGGCAGCUGCGUUCACGUUGAGGAGCACCAUGCCGUGGAUAUCGACGUUUACCACUGUCCCAACUGCGAUGUCAAACACGGACCCUCCCUGAUGAAAAGGCGCAACAACUGGCACAGACACGAUUACACGGAGCCAGAUGACGGGUCGAAGCCAGUCCAGGCUGGUACCUCUGUGUUUGUUAAGCAGCUUCAGCAAAGGACCUUCCCGAGUGCCGAGGAGAUCUUGAUACGGAUGAAGGGCGAGCAGGUGACCACCAGGUAUUUGGAGAGACACGGCUUCAACUACCCCAUCGUGAUCACCGAGAUGGAGGGCCUGGGUCUGAAGCUGCCCCCUCCUACCUUCUCCGUCAAAGACGUGGAGCAGUAUGUGGGUGGUGACAAAGUUAUCGACGUGAUUGAUGUGGCACGACAGGCGGACAGCAAGAUGAAACUCAGCGAAUUUAUCAAGUAUUUCACCAAGCCCCAUCGACCCAAAGUUCUCAAUCUCAUCAGCCUGGAGUUCUCCGACACAAAGAUGUCAGAGUUGGUCGAGGUUCCUGAUGUGGCCAAGAAAAUGUCCUGGGUGGAAAACUAUUGGCCUGAUGACUCGUUCUUCCCAAAGCCCUUCGUCCAGAAGUACUGCCUUAUGGGAGUUAAGGACAGCUACACGGACUUCCACAUAGACUUUGGAGGAACCUCAGUCUGGUAUCAUGUUUUGUGGGGUGAGAAGAUCUUCUAUUUGAUCAAACCCACUCCCACCAACCUUGCACUAUAUGAGGCAUGGAGCUCCUCGCCCAAUCAGAGCGAAGUGUUCUUCGGGGAUAAAGUGGAUAAGUGCUACAAGUGUGUUGUUACCCAAGGAACCACCCUGCUCAUCCCUACAGGCUGGAUCCAUGGUGUUCUCACCUCUCAGGAUUGCAUGGCAUUCGGAGGGAACUUCCUUCACAACCUCAAUAUUGGCAUGCAGCUCAGGUGUUAUGAAAUGGAGCGUCGCCUGAAAACUCCAGACCUCUUCAAGUUUCCAUACUUUGAGGCCAUUUGUUGGUAUGUGGCUAAAAACCUCUUGGAAAUGCUAAAAGAGCUACGUGAGGACAGCUGUCCUCCACCAACCUACCUUGUAGACGGAGUCAGGGCGUUAAUCGGCGCACUGAGGACGUGGUUGAAAAGAGAGGUGACCGAGCCGACCAGCGAGGUUCCAGAUCAUAUCCGGCCCAACCAUCUCAUCAAGGAGCUGACCAAGGAAAUCCGCUACCUCGAGGAGGAGCCAGUGAGCGGCAGCAAGCCAGUGAAAUCUCAGGGAAGUGGCGUACCGUUGGGAGCAAAUGGCUGCCUCACCACCCGCGCCCUGGAGAGGCUGUGCCAGGCGCGGCAGGCGAGGCGAGCCGCCCGGCGGCUCCGGGAGCAGCAGCAGCAGGCCCCCAAGGUGCCGUCCAACCUGGACAUCCUGGAGCAGCACACCAUGGAGGUGCUGAAGAGGGUGGAGGUGGGGACGCUUGAAGAGGAUCCAGCGUUUUGUGCCAAGGUUCUUGGAAAGUUUAACAAAGUGUCGACUGCAUCGGCAGCAGCUGCGGAGUCCUUGGAGGACAACCACCUACGUCUCAUGUUGGUCAACGGCAGAAUCAUCCGAGAUUUAAGGCGACCGGGGAGCAGUCCGGUAAAGACGGAGGGUGAGCAGUCAUGUAUCGACCAAAGCCCACCAAAGAGCACAGCUGAGAAAGCAUCGCUCCUCAGGCGACUAGAGAGGGUGAAGAAUGAACUCAGGGAGGAGACCUCAGGACACUCCAGCGUCUCGGAUGUGGAGUCAGACAGCGACUCUCCCUCAGAAAGUAAAUCGUCGUCGUCUUCAUCUUCUGACGAUGAUUCGGAGAGUUCCCAGGAGGAAGAUGAGGAGGAGGAGCAGAACGGCUCAGGGCACAGCAUGGAUCUGGACCAGUCGGGUCAGAAACUCAGGCACAAACACAAACCACUCAAACGAGAACGUCCUACCUCACCCAGCACAGAAGAGGCCAUUCAGGGGAUGCUGUCCAUGGCUGGUCUGCUGGAGGAGGCACCGUCGCCCCAGGAGUCCUGGUGGGCCGGUUCGACCCAACGCUCGCUGCAGGGGAGCAAGAGCCCCAUGGACAGCCAGGGCAACAGCAGCAGCGAGGCCUGGGACAAUCAAGGGCUCCCCAGCCCCAAUACGGAGUACCAGUACUGUGACCCCUCCAUGUCUCCGCCGCUGCACCCUUCCAAGAGGAACGCGCCCAACCCUCCACCCAUCAGCAACCAGGCUACAAAAGGUAAAAGGCCCAAAAAAGGAAUGGCAACAGCCAAACAGAGACUCGGCAAGAUCCUUAAACUCAACAGACACAGUCGUGUUUUUGUUUGACGCGCUUCCUGAAACUUCAAAGAAAAAAAAAGAUAAUUUGCCCUCAGUUCUCAAAGAAGUAAAAAAUAAAAAAAGAGAGAGAGAAACUUUUUUCCUUUUCUUUUUUUUUUGUCACUUUUGUGCCGGAGAAAAGAAAAAGACGGAGACGACCGCAACAGACCGGAUCUGACAACACGCUCACUGUGCAUGCUGAGGAGACAGGGUAUUGAAUUUGAGCAAAUCUUCACAGGAAAAUAAUUCAAAUGAAAGCACACUUAGAACAAAAAAGGAGAAUUACGUGAUUUUCAUGUGGAUUAAAUGGAAGUUUCAGCGGGCAUUCGAAUGGGACUAAGAAAACCUGCGAGCUUUGCUUCUGGAUGAGUUCAGCAGGUUGAAACGUGGUGCUUCGAGAAAUUAAAAGAAAAAAAAAAAUGGAGGCGGCGAUGAACUGAAAUUUCAAAAUGGUGCUUCUUGUUUUGUAUUUUUCUUCCACUCGUGCUUUUCUUCCUCCCUCUUUUUAUCUCAAUCACACCAGCAAUAAUGACUUUGGAGCGAGAGGAGAGGCGGAGAGCGGAAAGAGAGCGCUGCCUCUCCCUGAAUUUGUUUUCAAUAGGAUUUAACUAAUUUAUUUCUCAUUUUAUCAGUUUUAUUCUCAAUGUGUUUAUGGAUUAUGUAUUUAUUAAUUGAAAGAAUUGAUGAUUUUAUUAUGAAAUGCCCAUGGAACCUUUAGUUUUGAGGGUUUUAAGAGGUUUUUCUUUUCUUUUUUUAAUCUUUAAACAUUUUUGUAAAUGUGGAUGUUUUUAGUCAUGAGUAGCAGUUGACCUUCGACCUUUCUAACUUUCUGUCGUCACAAAUCUUUUCCUUCUGCAGUUGACUUGAGCCUGUGUUGACUCCCGUCUCUUCCCAGUGAUUUUUGGGCGAUGUGUGUAGAGACUUUGGUUAGGUUUGUUUCUUUCACGUCUUCACCUGAACAUUCUCAGUUAGUGCCACUUAACUUUAAUUAGCAAAAAUAUAUAUAUAUAUCUGAGCCACUGUGGUCGGUACAAAGUACUUUAGUAGUUUUCAUACCCCUUGAACUUUUCCUAUUUGUUACUUUAAAGAAAUUUUAUGAUAUACCAAGAUAAUAGAGAAUUUUUUUUUUAAAUAUUGGUACUUUAUUCCAAGCAAAUAAUUCUAAUUGAAUUACAGUUUGUUGCUCCCAUUAUAUUGACAACUACAGGGUGCCGAGUAACGCGCCAGAGGGGAUUCCCAUAACUGAAAUUAUACACUCCAAGUGUUAUAAGGCAAAUGCAAUAAUUUUAAGUCUUUUUCUUUUUUUUAUUCAAUAUAUUUAUCAUUGUCAACAACAGUUCCUUCCUUUUUUAUCUAAUAAAUGUAAAGAUAAAAAUUUAUAACCUCAGCAUAAUUCUGCCACCACAUAUCAUCCAGUGUUCAGUUCAGGGUGAAGCACAGUGUCAGUUUUCUGACAGUUUUGUUUGUUUGUACUAAUUAAAGUAAGAAUAUAUUUAAUUUAAUUUAUUUUUUUGCAAUAAACUUUGGAGUCCCACAGCAUGACUCUGCCACCUCCAUAUUUCCCAGUGUUCAGUUCAGAGUGAGCUGCAGUGUUAGCUUUCAGUCACAAGCUUAUAUUUAUCUUUUUGACUACUUAAUAUAAAAAAGGAAAACAUAUAUUAUUAAAUAUAU